AGUACCCUCGUGUUCAAAUUGACGACAUUAAAAUUUGCUUGGAUUCGAGUUCAACAGUCACGCAGUCAGCUCGGAGUUCUCGCCACAUGUGUAGCGUACUGAUCUACAUGCAAGAUGAAAACUAAUCUGGUGCUGACGCUCGUCUUCCUGCAAGUGGUAUGUGGUCAAGAGUCCGUCCUGCCUGAAACGGCAGGACAACAACUCCCAAAGCUACCAGGAAUUGUUGCCCACGAUGUUGACAUCCUCCGUGAACUUGAUCCCCUUGCUGAAAAACUUUCCUUUGACCUCAACAGUCCCAUAGAAGUUCCUCAGAUUCCGCACGCAGAUUUUCAAUCGGCAGAUGUGAGAGGAAAGAACGAUGCGAUCUCCAAUGAACCGCAAACCGAAGAACAGUCACUUGAAGUAGAUCGGACCAUAGACAAUAGUUCGGAUGAAACGUCCGCCGAUUCUCAGACCACUGAAAAUACUAGAAUUGAUAACGCGCCACCAACGACCACUGAAAAUAAUAAGAUCGAUGAGGCGCUCGCCGAUUCCCAAUCCACUGAAACUACUACAACUGAGAUGUCUACCGAUUUACAAUCUACAGAAAAUACUAAGACAACUGAAGAUUUCGCCGAUUUACGACCAACUGAUAGAACAAGCGAUGAAACAUCAGCCGAUUCGCAACAGACUGACAAUACAACUGGUGAGUCUGCCGAUUCACAGUCAACUGAAAAUAUCACAACUGAUGGAACGUCCGUCGAUUCCCAACAGACUGAACAUGCCACAACUGAUGAAACGUCCGUCGAUUCCCAACAGACUGAACAUGGCACGACUAAUGAAACGUCCGUCGAUUCCCAACAGACUGAACAUGCCACAACUGAUGAAACGUCCGUCAAUUCCCAAUUGACUGAAAAUGCCAAAAGCGAUGAAGCGUCAGCCGAUUCACAUGAGACUGGAAUUACUAAAACUGAUGAAACCUCCGCUGAUUCACAACCAACUGUGGAUACUUCAACUGAUGAAGUAUCAGCCUAUUCACAGCCCUCGCAAAAUGCUGAAACUGAUGAAACGUCCGUCGAUUCUGAUUCUGCUAAACCUGUUGAAAAGGAUGAGGAAUCUGAUGAAUCAAGUGACACUGAUAAGGAUUCCGACGAAUCUGAUGAAUCUAGUGAAACUGAUGAGGAUUCCGAUGAAUUUAGGGAAGCUGAUGAGGAUUCCGAUGAAUCUGAUGAAUCUAAUGAAACGGAUGAGGAUUCUGGUGAAUCUAUUGAAGCGGAUGACGAGGGUUCUGAUGAAGUGUCCACCGACUUGAAGUUAGUUAGAACUAAGAAAACUAAUGAUGGCUUUGGGGGGUCAAAUGUAGACCGAACGUCGGAUGAAUCUGAGGGAAGAAAUGGCGAGGGUUCCGAAAAAUAUCAUGUCGAUUUAUUUUCGGAAGAAAUGAAACGUAAAGAUCCUAACGAUUUAGUCCUGCAAUUGGUCGAUCCGCCUUCUGAUGAUUAGGAAAAUUUCUUUCAGCCAAGUCAUCAACAGCAGGGCAUUUCAACGGCGGGGGAUGCCCACGCGUUAUCAAAAGGACCCAAACAACAUCUGAUGCCGCAUCAAUUGUUCGUGACGAGCAUUGAAGCGUCAGCACCAGCAGAUUGUUGCUGAAGGAAGUUGCGGCGGACUGGAAUGCUUGUAAAUUGAAGCUUUUCUACACCUUGAUACGUUCAAAAACAAAUUGUAGUAAAGAUCGGCACCAAAUAACUGAUAACGUUCUACGCAACACGUUAUCGUAUCCUCUCCAUUUGCUACAAUGCUUGCGGUAAUUUUAUUCGUUCUGAAGUUUUAAAUUUAUGUAGAAUAAACGCCAUAUUUUAAGGUCGCAGGCAUUUGAUAAUAAAUGAAGCUGUGCGCAUUUAUUAAUAAAUAUAGCUUUUGA